AUGUCUAGUGAAAUGCGUGAAAAAAAAUUGAUAGAAAAUUUUUGGUUUUCUUUCCAUAAAAAACUCGCUGGUGACGUAGAGCGCUGGAAAUGUACAACGCGUGGUUGUAAAUCUUAUUUUAAGCGAAAUAGUAUUGGAGAAAUGUUUGAUGAACAUCUGGAACAUAACCACUUACAUUUAGAUGACAAUGUUAUAAGGAGGAGGGAAAUAAGUAGCAAUUUAAAGCGUAAAGCUCAAGAAAAUUUGCAUGAAAAGCCAGCGAAACUUCUUCGAACUCAACUUGAACCGAACGAUUUAAAUGUGUUGACAACACAAGAUGUCAACGCUAUUCGCAAAUCGGUAUACUAUGUUCGUUCGAAAUCCUUACCAAAAUUACCAAAAUCAACAGAAGAAGCUCAAGAUAGUUUAGACAAAAUUAAUAUUACAACUUUGGCGGGUGAGAAUUUUUUAUUUUUUAACGAUAAAGCGUCAAAUAUUGUUAUCCUUACGUGUAACACCAAUAUAAAUAUUCUUAAGGAAAACCGAUGUAUAUAUAUUGAUGGCACAUUCAAGUAUUGUCCGAAAUUUUUUUAUCAAAUGUUCACCGUUCAUGUUUUACAUAACGGAUAUUAUCUUCCCCUUAUUUACUGUUUUUUACCAGAUAAAACCUCAGUAACCUACGGAAAAGCUUUUUCAGCAUUGUGUGAUCACUUAAAUCCACAAGUUGUUUUCGUAGAUUUUGAGGAAGCUAUUCACAUUGCACUGCGAAAAACGUGGCCAUCGGUUAACAUAAAGGGGUGUAGAUUUCAUUUGGGUCAAAGUUGGUGGCGGAUGAUUCAGUCAGUGGGACUUGCUUCAGAAUUCAGAGACAAAGAUUCUAGAAUCGGAAGAGCGUUGAAAUAUUUAUUUGGCCUUCCUUACUUACCACCGUCAGACGUCUUAGAUUGUUUUACAGACGAUUUAAUGGCUAUCAAACCUAUAGAUGAUAAAAUAGACAAAGUUUUCGACUAUAUUUUUGAAAAUUACCUAACUUCAGAUAGUCGUUUCCCUCCUAAAAUGUGGGCUGAGUGUUCAUCUGCUCUUUCUUUGACCACAAAUGGAUGUGAAGCGUUCCACAGUAAAUUCAACAAAGAAUUCAAUACUACACACCCAAAUAUUUUUAAGGUUAUUGACAUCCUACUCAAUAUACAAUCUGAAACACAAAUUAAAGCUCGAAGUUAUUUUAAUACACCAAGAUCGAAAAAAAAGCAAGAGUUCGUCGAAAAAAUCAUUUGCGAGUUUUCAUCAAAUAAAAUAUCACGCAUAGACUAUAUAAAAAAAUUGUGCUUAACAAAUUUACCCGAUAUAUGA